UUAUUUACUCGCCUUGUCGAUCUCGAACUCGUCGAUCUGCCCCUCCCUGCAUCACCUGAUGGCCGUCGCCGCGGAGUCGCAGCAAGAAGAGAAGGUGAUCUCCGAGAAUCUUGAGAACCCUGGUGUUCCGAACGAUGAUCGUUUGCUGAAUUAGGGCUGUAUCUUCUCCUUGCCAUCAGAUGCGCAAUUCUCGUCUCUUGCGGCUUGACCUCGUUCGUGGAAAUCUAGUCUCCUUCAAAGGCUUCAGCGGUAGAAAAACGAUGGGCGCUUAAUGACUUCGAUAUCGGAAUGCCUCUCGGAAGAGGAAAGUUUGGCCAUGUUUAUCUUGCCCGAGAAAAGAGGAGCAAUCAUAUUGUGGCACUCAAAGUGCUCUUCAAGAGCCAGCUCAAACAAUCUCAAGUUGAGCAUCAGCUACGGCGUGAAGUCGAGAUACAGAGCCACCUCCGGCAUCCGAAUAUACUACGCCUAUAUGGUUAUUUCUAUGAUCAGACUCGUGUUUACUUGAUAUUAGAAUAUGCAGCAAAAGGUGAAGUUUACAAGGAACUGCAGAAGUGCAAAUACUUUAGUGAAAGACGCACUGCCACUUACAUUUCAUCUUUAGCACAAGCUCUGAUAUACCUCCAUGGGAAGCAUGUGAUACAUAGAGAUAUCAAACCAGAGAAUCUUUUGAUUGGACUCCAGGGUGAGCUGAAAAUUGCAGAUUUUGGGUGGUCAGUUCACACAUUCAACCGCAGGCGGACCAUGUGUGGAACGCUGGAUUACCUUCCACCUGAAAUGGUGGAAAGUGUAGAACAUGAUGCCAGUGUGGAUAUCUGGAGCCUGGGCAUUUUGUGCUAUGAGUUCCUCUAUGGGGCCCCCCCAUUUGAAGCAAAAGAGCAUUCAGAUACAUACAGAAGGAUAGUAAAAGUUGAUCUCAAGUUCCCCUCGAAACCGAUUGUUUCUCCUGGUGCAAAGGACCUUAUCAGCCAGAUGCUUGUCAAAGAUUCAUCACAACGCCUUCCUCUUCACAAACUGCUUGAACAUCCAUGGAUAGUGCAAAAUGCAGAUCCUUCAAGUGCCUACAGAGGCUGAUUACCACCGAUUUGCAUAAAGGAAAUCUGAGCCAAGAGAGGAUGUGACGCAUUAACGACUAAUGACCUCACCAAGGACAGCAUGAAUGUGAAUCAUUACCAACUUAUACCUUCUGAUGUGUAUUGGCAGAUGAAUUUGUCUGCUUGUUUUCUGUAGGCAGUCUAAUAUCGCGUAGUCGAGUGUGACAAAGCUUUUGCUUCUCUUUUUCCUCUGAAACCUACUUCACUUCUCUUCGUUGCUUUUGACAAUCUUGCAAUUUGUAAUUAGAUUUAGUUUUCAGCAGACCAUGAGUUGUGUGUUAUCUCACUGUUUCUGUUGUCAACAUUUGCCAGACAAACAUUUGAAAUUACAUUGUCUUGAUAGUGAUGAGGUCUA